AUGAGACUCAGAACCAGACCAGCCAUAGUGGCUUCCUCACACCAGUUCCUGCUAGCACAUGCUCUUCACAUGAUGAUGGACACUGUGUAUGGAAACUGCUCCAGUGAUUUUACAGUCAACACAAGGAAGGGAAAUGUCGCCACUGAAAUAUCCAUCGAAAGAAACCUGGAGAACUGUGAACACUUCAGGCCCGUGAGCACCAGAGUCAGCCCACUUGCUUUGAUCCAAGGCCUGAGCCGCCCCUUGUCAACUCUGAUCAGCAGCAACCAGUCCUGUCAGUACACCCUGGACCCCAAGAGGAAACAUGUGUCAGAAGCCACCUGCAAGGAACAACACCAACUCAGGCCUUUCUUUGACAAGAAUAAAUAUGGGAUGAUGGCACAGGUUACACAGACUUUGAAACUUGAAGACACACCUAAGAUCAAUAGCCGCUUCUUUGAUGAUGGUUCUGAGGAGGUGGGGCUGGCCUUUGAAAGCACCAAGUCCACAUCACCACCAAAGGAGGCUGAGGCCAUUGUGAAGACUCUCCAGGACUUGCAGACCCUGCAUGUCACUGAGCAGAAUUCCCUGCGAGCUCGCCUCUUCAACCAACUGGUCACGGAGUUGAGAGGCCUUGAUGACAAGACAAUCUCUGCCCUCUUGCCCAAGCUGAUGCAGGUGUCCAGCCCCAUCACUGUACAAGCCUUGAUUCAGUGUGGACAGUCCCCCUGUUACACUCACAUUAUCCAGUGGCUGCGCAGUGAGAAAGCCAAUCCCCUUCUGAUAGACAUCGCGACCUACCUGGUGGCCCUGAUCCCAGAGCCUUCAGCCCAAACACUGAGGGAGAUCUUUGCCACAGUCAAGGAGCAGCAGAGCCGGGCCACCCUCUAUGCUCUCAGUCACGUGGUCAAUAACUACUAUCAGGCAUACCAUACAGUCACCCGGGACAUGCAGGCCAUUGCUGAUUACCUGUUGGAACAGAUUCAUGAUGACUGCUUGGGGGAUGAAGAUCAGACCUACCUAAUUCUGAGGAUUAUUGGAAACAUUGGCAAAACUAUGGAGCAGGUUACCCCAAGACUCAAAUCCUCAGUCCUGAAAUGCAUCAAAAGUCCAGAGCCUUCACUACUGAUCCAAAAGGCUGCCAUCCAGGCCCUUCGGAAAAUGGACCUAGAUGAUGAGGUUCAUGAAGCCCUUCUUCAGAUUUUCCUCAAUCACACCUCUCCUGGGGAUAAGCGACUGGCUGCCUAUCUCAUGCUCAUGAGGAACCCUUUUCAGUCAGACAUUAAUGAAAUUAUCCAGCUUCUCCCUAAGGAACAAAAUGAGCAAGUGAAGAACUUUGUGGCUUCCCAUAUUGCCAACAUCUUAAACUCAGAAGAGUUGUACAUUCAAAGCUUGAAAGACGUACUGAAAAAAGCUCUAGGAGAAACUCAACUUCCAACUCUCAUGGACUUUACGAAGUUUUCCCGGAAUUACCACCUUUCUUUUCCGUCACGUGACCCAGUCGCAGUCAAAAUGGAAGGAAAUCUCAUAUUUGAUCCAAAAAAUUAUCUUCCUAGAGAAAGCAUGCUAAAAACAACCCUCACUGUGUUGGGAUUUGCUUCAACUGACCUCUUCGAGAUUGGUUUGGAAGGAAAAGGCUUUGAGCCAACAUUAGAAGCUCUUUUUGGGACACAAGGAUUUUUCCCGAACAGUGUUAACAAGGCUUUGUACUGGGUAGAUGGUCAAGUUCCAGAUCAGGUCUCCAAGGUCUUGGUAGACCACUUUGGCUACAUCAAAGAUGAUAAACAUGAGCAGUUCCAGGACAUAGUCAAAGGAAUUAUGCUCAAUGUUCAGAAUCUGAUCAAGGAUUUGAAAGCCAAAGAAUUCCCUGAAGCCAGGGCCUACCUCCAGAUCCUGGGAGAGGAGCUUGGCUUUGCGAGACUCAAUGACCUGCAACUCCUGGGAAGGUUACUGUUGAACGGUGUUGAUACACUUCGGGGGAUCCACCAGAUGAUUGGAGAGAUUCUCAGAAGAGGUUUUAGGAAUGACGUGUUUCUUCACUACAUCUUCAUGGACAAUGCCUUUGAACUUCCCACUGGGCUUGGAUUACAACUACAAGUGUCUUCCUCUGGCAUCAUCACUCCUGGAGUUAAGGCUGGGCUCAAAUUAGAAUUAGCCAAUAUGCAGAUGGAACUGGUGGCAAAGCCCUCUGUGUCUGUGGAGUUUGUGACCAGCCUGGGCAUCAUUACUCCACAAUUUGCUCAGAGUGGGGUCCAAAGGAACACCAACUUUUUCCAUGAAUCUGGUCUAGAGGCACGAGUUGCCCUGAAAGCCAAACAGCUGAAGUUCAUCAUUCCUUCUCCAAAAAAACCAAUCAAGCUGCUCAGUUUCAGUAACACCUUGCAUUUGGUAUCUACCACCAAAACUGAAGCUAUUCCAUCUUUAGUAUUUAACAAAGAGACUUGGUCAACUUGCAAGCCAUUUUUUCCUGGCCUAAACUACUGCAUUAUGGGUGAUUACUCCAACACGAGUUCUACAGAUUCUACCCUUGACUAUCCACUAACUAGGGAUACCAGCUUUGUCCUGGAGCUGAAGCCAACUGGAGAGGUCAGACAGUAUUCUGCCAGUGCAACCUAUGAACUCCAAAGAGAGGGUGAAGCCUUGGUCGAUACACUUAAGCUUGUAACUCAGGCAGAAGUCUCAGAUCUGCAGGAAAAUGGCGCUUUUGUGAUGUUCAGGUAUAACCGGCAGAAGACAACUCUGUCCAGUGAAAUCCAAAUUCCAGAUUUUGAUGUUGACCUUGGGACAAUCCUCAGAAUAAAUGAUGAAUCUGGUGAGGGACAGUCAUCUUAUAAGCUCACCCUGGACAUUCAGAACAAGAAAAUCACAGAAGUCACUCUCAUAGGCCACCUCAGCUGUGAUAGGAAGGAAGAAGGCAAAAUCAAAGGUGUGAUUUCCAUACCCCGUUUGCAAGCAGAAGCCAGAAGUGAAAUCCACACCCUGUGGUCUCCCGCAAAACUACUCCUACAAAUUGACUCAUCUGCUACAGCUUAUGGUUCAACAAUCUCCAAAAAAAUGGCCUGGCGCUAUGAUGAAGAGAAGCUUGAAUUUGAAUGGAACACAGGCACCAAUGUGGAUACCAGAAAAGUCAUUUCCAAUUUCCCGGUGGAUCUCUCUGGUUAUCCUAAAAGCUUGCAAAUGUAUGCCAAUGGUGUCUUGGAUCAGAGACUUCCUCAGACUGACAUGACUUUCCGGCACAUGGGUUCUAAAUUAAUAGUUGCAACAAACACAUGGCUUGAGAGUGUAUCCAAGAAUCUUCCCUAUUCCCAGAAUAUGCAGGAUCGCCUCAGUGACCUCAAAGAGUUGUAUCUUCAGAACAUAAAAUUGCCAGCCAUCCACCUUCCAGAUAAUCUCUUCUUGAAAAGUGAUGGCCGAAUCAAAUAUACCUUGAACAAAAACACCUUGAAAAUUGACAUUCCUCUGCCUUUUGGUGGCAAAUCCUCUAAAGAUCUGAAGAUGUUAGAGACUAUUCGGACACCUGCCCUCAACCUCAAGUCUGUGGGAUUCUACUUGCCACCUCAAGAGUUCCAAAUCCCCCCUUUCACCAUUCCAAAGUUGUAUCAACUACAGGUGCCCCUUUUGGGUGUUCUUGACCUCUCCACCAACAUCUACAGCAACUUGUACAACUGGUCUGCCUCCUACACUGGUGGCAACACCAGCAAAGACCACUUGAGCCUUCAGUCCCACUAUCACAUGAAGGCCAAAUCUGUAUUGGACUUUCUGUCUUACAGUGUGCAAGGAUCUGGAGAAGCAACUUAUGACCACAAGAAUACAAUCACAUUGACAUGUGAUGGGUCUCUGCACCACAAAUUUCUGGAUUCUACGAUUAAAUUCAGUCAUGUAGCAAAAUUCGGAAAUAACCCAGCCUCAAAAUGCUUGUUGAGGUUCCAUUCAUCCAGUGCCUUGGGUCCACAGAUGUCUGCUUCAGUACAUUUGGACUCCAAAAAGAAACAACAUUUGUACAUUAAAGAAGUCAAAAUUGAUGGGCAACUUCAGGUCUCUUCAUUCUAUGGUAAAGGAGAAUACGGUCUGACUUACCAAAGAGAUUCUACCACUGGCCAGAUUGAUGGAGAGUCCAACCUGACGUUUAAUUCCACCUACAUCCAGGGCAACAGCCAUGUGACAGGGAUCUACAAAGAUGGAACCUUUGCCCUCACUUCCACCUCGGAUCUUCAAGAUGGCCUCAUUAAAAAUAGUGCAUCCCUUAAAUAUGAGAACUAUGAGCUUACUCUUAACUCUGACACCAGUGGAAAAUUUGAGGGUCUUGUCACGUCCAACAAAGUGGAUCUAACCUUUUCUAGACGAAAUGUAUUACUACGCUCUGAGUAUCAGGCUGAUUACAAGUUGCUGAGAUUCUUUACCCUACUUUCUGGAUCACUAACUGCACAAGGUCUUGAAUUAAAUGCUGACAUCUUGGGCACAGACACAGUUCACCGUGGUGCCCACAAAGCAACACUAAAGAUUGGCCAAGAUGGAUUAUCUACCAGUGCAACUACCAAUGUGAUGUAUAGUCCCCUAGUUCUGGAAAAUGAAAUGAACACAGCCCUCAGUCUCUCUGGAGCAUCUAUGAAAUUAACAGCAAAUGGCCGCUACAGGGAACACAAUGCAAUGUUCACUCUAGAUGGGAGAGCUGCCCUCACAGAGAUCUCACUGGGAAGUGUAUAUCAAGCAAUGAUUUUGGAUAUGGACAGCAAAAAUAUUUUCAACUUCAAACUUAAUCAAGAGGGACUCAAGCUUUCAAAUGAUAUGAUGGGCUCAUAUGGUGAAAUGAAACUUGACCAUUCCAACAAUCUGAACAUUGCAGGAUUAUCAAUAGAUUUCUCUUCAAAACUUGAUAAUAUUUACAGUUCUGACAAGUUUUAUAAACAAAACUUUAAUUUUCAUCUUCAACCCCUUUCUCUUAUAACUACUUUAAACAAUGACUUGAAAUUCAAUGCUCUAAAUUUGACCAACCAUGGAAAAUUACGGCUAGAACUCCUGAAGCUGAGUAUGAGUGGGUUUGUAAGAGGAGCCUACCAAAAUAAUGAAAUAAAACACAACUAUGCCAUUUCUUAUGCUGACUUAUUGGCAAAUUAUAAUGCAAACACUGAAGCAAAAAUGGGUGAUACUGAGUUUAGCCAUCAGCUCAACACAGACAUCGCUGGACUGGCAUUAGCAGUUGACACCAAUACUAAUUAUAAUUCAGAAUCACUGCAUUUCAGCAAUGCUUUCCAUUCUACAAUGGCCCCAUUUAAAAUGACCAUCAGUUCACAUACAAAUGGUGAUGGGAAACUGGUUCUCUGGGGAAAUCACACUGGGAAGUUGUAUAACAAAUUCCUCUUCAAAGUAGAACCUCUUGCCCUUUCUCUGACUCAUGAUUACAAAGGCUCCACAAGUCACCAUCAUGUAUCCAGGAACAGCAUUAACACUGCUCUUGAUCACAAAGUCAGUGUAUUGCUUACUCUGGCUGAACAGACAAGCACCUGGAAACUCAAGACCCAAUUGAACAAAAAUGAAUACAGCCAGGACAUUGAUGUUUAUAAUACUAAAGACAAAGUGGGUAUUGAAUUUAAUGGGCAAGGCCUAGUUGACUUCACCAUGAUGGAUUCACCCAUUGAAGUGCCAUUUUUACACAGAGAACCUGUCAACGUAAUUGAUGUUUUAGAGAUAAGGGAUUCUAUUGAUCAGCCCCAAGAAUUUGCUGUUGUGGCUUCUGUAAAAUAUGAUAAAAACCAAGAUGUGCACACCAUCAGCCUCCCAUUUUUAAAAAACAUGCCAGAAUAUUUUGAGAAAAAUCGAAUGGUAAUGAUAACUGCACUGGAAACCAUUCAGAGACAAUUGAAACAUACUAAUAUUAAUCAAUUCAUGAGGAAAUACAGAGAUGCUAUGAACAAACUGCCACAGCAAGUUAAUGACUAUAUGGAUGCUUCCAGUUGGGAGCUACAAGUUUCACAUGCCAAGGAGAAUCUAGCUGCUUUUACAAAAUCUUAUGGAAUUACAGAAAAUGAUCUAAAAAUGGCAUUGAACAAUGCCAAAAUCAACCUUAAUGAAAUACUAUCUCAGCUACAAACCUAUGUGAUACAAUUUGAUCAGUAUAUUAAAGAUAAUUAUGACUUAGAUGAUUUAAAAAUUGCUAUUGCUAAGAUCAUUGAUCAAAUCAUUGAAAAAUUGAAAAUUAUUGAUGAACAUUAUCAUAUCAAAGGAAAUGUAGUAAACAUAAUUAAUGACAUAUACUUUUUCAUUGAAAAGAUUGAUUUAAACAAAAUUGGAAAUAGUAUUGCAUCUUGGGUUCAAAUGAUGGAUACUAGGUAUCAAAUCAGAAUCCAAUUACAAGACAAAUUGCAGCAAUUCAAGACACAGAUUCAGAAUAUAGACACCAAGCACCUUGUUGAAAAGUUAAAAGAACAGAUUGAGACUGUUGAUGUCAGAGUGCUUUUGGAGUGGUUGAGAACUACAAUUCCAUUUCAAAAAAUAAAGGAAAUUAUUGACUAUGUCCAAUACCGUGUUAAAAGUCUUAUUGAAAGUCCUAAGGUAGUAGAGAAAAUUAAUGCUUUCAAAGUCAUAUGUCAUAAGAUAAUUAAGUUGUUUGAAAUUGAUAAACAUAUCCAGGUUUUAAUAGAUAAAUUGAUAGAGUUGUUCCCCCAAUAUAAGUUGAAAGAGACUAUUCAGAGACUAAGCAACACCUUACAACGAGUUGAGAUAAAAGUUUACUUUGAGAAAUUAGUUGGUUUUAUUGAUGAUGUUACCCAGAAGCUUAAAGCAUUGUCAUUUAAAAAGUUCACUGAAGAAGUAAACAAAUUCCUUGCUACGUUGCUAAAGAAAUUAAAUUCAUUUGAUUACAACCAGUUUGUAGAAGAAACCAAUAACAAAAUACGUGAGGUGACUCAGAGAAUCAAUGAUGAAAUCCAGGCACUGGAACUUCCACAGAAAACCAAGGCACUGACACUGUUUGUAGAAGAGAUGAAGGCUAUGGUCUCGCUCUAUCUGGAGAAUCUAAAGAACACCAAAAUAACUUUUUUUUUGGAUUGGUUACAGGAGACUUUGAGUUCAGCAUCUUUCAUUUACAUGCAGGAGAAGUUUCAAGAGACACUAGAAGAUGUAAGAGAUCGAAUAUAUGAAAUCGACAUUCAGAAGGAAGGUCAGCGAUAUCUGUCUCUGAUAAGUCAGGGGUACAGCACAUUUGUCACUUACAUUACUGACUGGUGGAAUCUUGCUGCUAAAAACCUGAAUGAUUUUGCAGAACAGUAUUCUAUCCACAGUUGGGCUGAAAACUUAACAGCAUUAAUAGAACAAGGAUUCACUGUUCCUGAAAUUCAGACCACCUUUGGAACCAUGCCUGCCUUUGAAGUCAAUCUGCGUGCCCUUCAGGAAGCUACAUAUCAGACUCCUGACUUCAUAGUACCUCUGACAGAUCUGAAGAUUCCAUCAUUUCAGGUAAACUUCAAAAAACUGAAAGAGAUAAAAAUCCCAUCCAGGUUUUCCACGCCUGAAUUUACUGUCCUCCGAACCUUCCACGUUCCUUCCUAUACAAUUGACUUGGUAGAAAUAAAAAGAAAGAUCAUCAGAACCAUUGACCAAAUGUUGAGCAGUGAGUUGCAGUGGCCAGUUCCAGAAGUGUACCUGAGAGAUCUAAAGGGAAUGAACGUCAUUCUUGACAGCAUCACUCUUCCAAAUAUAACUUUACCUGAAUUCACAGUUCCAGAAUUCAUCAUUUCAAAUCUUAACCUAAGAGAUUAUCAAGUUCCAGAACUUCACAUCCCAGAAUUCCAGCUUCCGCGCAUCUCACACAAAAUUGAAGUGCCUGCUUUUGGCAAACUCUAUGGUAUUUUGAAAAUCCAGUCUUCCGUUUUCACAUUAGAUGUGAAUGCUAAUGUUCAAAAUGUAACUUCUUCGGUCAACAACUCAGAGAUAGCAGCUUUCAUCGCUGCCAAAGGAGUGUCCAAAAUAGAGUUUCUCAAUUUUUAUUUUCAAGCAAACGCUCAACUUUUAGACCUAAAAAUGAAUCCACUAGUUCUGAAGGAAUCUGUGAGAUUCUCCCACAAGUACCUGAAAACAGAGCAUGACAGUGAAGUGCAAUUUGGGGGAAAUGUUGUUAAAGGGACAUUGAACACUGUGGCUGCUUUGCGCACAGAAAAAAAUACCUUGGAGUUUAGAAAUGGUCUCAUGCUGAAAAUUAACAACCAGCUUACCCUGUACAGCAAUACGAAGUACUCCCACAAGUUGAAUAUCCCCAAAGUGGAAUUCUCCAGUCAAGCUGACCUUCGUAAUGAAAUAAAUACCUUGUUGGAAGUUGGACAUAUAGAAUGGACAUCUUCUGGGACAGGGUCAUGGAAAUGGGCUUGUCCCCGAUUCUCAGAUGAGGGAACACAAAGAUCACAAAUCAAUUUCACUUUGGAAGGACCCAGCAUUUCCUUUGGAUUAUCCAAUGAGAUCAGUAGCAAACAUCUCAGAGUAAACCAAAGUUUGAAUUACGAGUGCGCAUUUCUUAAUUUUUCUGAAUUUAAAAUUCAAUCACAAGUUGAAUCCCAGCACCUGGGCCGCAGUGUUCUAACUGCUGAAGGCACAGCACUAUUUGGAGAAAAGAAAGCAUUGAUAACUGGCAGCCAUGAUGCUCAUUUAAGUGGAAAAGUGAGUGGAACUUUGAAAAAUUAUCUUUUCUUUUCAGCACAACCCUUUGAGAUGACUACCACCACGAACAAUGAAGGGAAUCUGAAAGUGAACUUUCCACUAAAACUAACAGGAAAGAUAGAUUUUCUGAAUAAUUACGCACUGUUUCUGAAUUCUAGUGCUCAGCAAACAAGUUGGCUCGCAAGUGCCAGAUUUAAUCAAUACAAAUAUAAUCAAAAUAUCUCUGCUGGAAAUAAUGAGUACAGCAUAGAGUCCCACAUUGGAAUAAAUGGGGAAGCCAACCUGGAUUUCUUAAAUAUUCCUUUAACAAUCCCUGAAAUGACUCUACCUUAUACAAUGCUCAAAACUCCUCAGGUGAAAGAUUUCUCCAUCUGGGAAAAAACAGGCUUGAAGAAAUUCUUAAAAACAACAAAGCAAUCAUUUGACUUAAGUGUAAAUGCUCAGUAUAAGAAAAACAAAGACAAGCAUCCCAUCCCACUUCCUUUGGAUAUGCUUUAUUUAUUCUUUAAUCAUAAUAUCAAUUCCUUUCUCAGACAAGUUGAUCAUGUCAGAGACAAGGCAUUAGUUUUUGUUACUGAAUCCUAUAAUGAAGCAAGAAUUAAGUUACAUGAUUAUAAUGUUGAAAAUUCUCUAACCAAACAACAAAGGACUUUUCAAAUUCCAGGAUAUACCAUCCCAGUUAUCAAUAUUGAAACAUCUCCGUUCACAGUAGAGAUGCUUCCAUUUGGCUAUGUGAUCCCAAAAGCGAUCAGCACCCCCAACUUUACCAUCCUGGGUUCUGGCUUCUUUGUGCCCUCAUAUACUUUAGCUUUGCCAUUUCUAGAACUACCAGCCCUUCAAGUCCCUAAGUAUUCCCUUGAGCUUUCUCUUCCAGAAUUUGAAGUAUUGAGUAUGCCAAGGAAUAUUUUCAUUCCAGCUCUGGGAAAUAUUACAUAUGACUUUUCUUUUAAAUCAAGUGUCAUCGCACUAAGUGCCAAUGCUGGACUUUAUAACCAAACAGAUAUUGUUGCUCGUGUCAUCAUGUCCUCUUCUUCUGUUAUUGAUGCACUGCAGUACAAAUUAGAAGGCACCUCAAGUUUGACCAGAAAAAGAGGAUUGAAAUUAGCCACAGCUUUGUCUCUAAACAAUGAAUAUAUUGAAGGCAAGCAUGACAGUACCAUUAGCUUACUUAAGAAAAACAUGGAAGCAUCAGUAAAGACAACUGCAAAAAUCCAUCUUCCGAUUUUGACAAUGAAUUUCACACAAGAACUUAAUGGAAAUACUAGGUCAAAACAUGCCAUUUCUUCAGCCAUUGAAUUAAAGUAUGAUUUCAAUUCCCCAAGUCUGCAUUCUACUGCUAUUGGGACAUUUGACCACAAGUUCCAUUUAGAAAAGCCUACCUCUUACUUUUCCGUGGAAUCAUCUAUCAAAGGAGAUAUCAAUGGUUCAGUCCUUUCACAGGCAUAUUUUGGAAUUAUUGCCAGUGAUGUCAGUGCUUAUUUGAAUUCCAAGAGUGCUCGAUCUGCAGUGAAGCUGCAAGGAGCUUCUAAAGUCGAUGGUAUCUGGAACUUUGAAGUAAAAGAAAAUUUUGCUGGAGAAGCCACUUUCCGACACAUAUAUGCCGUAUGGGAACACAAUACAAAAAAUCAGUUGCAGUUGAUGGACCUCGUUUUAACAUUUGGAGAUCAUGCAAGCAAAGCCACCCUUGAACUCUCCCCAUGGAAAAUGUCAGCCCUUGUUCAGGUCCAUGCAAGUCAACUUAAUCCUCUCCUUAAUAUUAAUUCCCUUGUCCAGGAACUGUCUCUGAAUGCUGACACUCAGAACCAGAAAGUCCACUGGAAGAGUGAGGUCCAGAUUCAUUCUGGACUUGUACAAAACAAGUUACAGCUUUCCAAUGACCAAGAAAAGAUACGUAUUAGUAUAGCUAGUUCCUUAGAAGGGUACCUAGGUUUUCUUAAUGAUUUUGUCCUACCAGUUUAUGACAAAAGCUUAUGGGAUCUCCUAAAACUGACUGUAACCAGCAGCAUUGAUAGGAAACAGUAUCUCCGUAGUUCAACUUCUCUUGUAUACACCAAAAAUCCCAAUAGCCAUCUUUUCUCUGUCCCUGUUCAAGAACUUGUUGAUAAGUACAUUAUAUCUGGACUGAGACAAAAUCACUUAAAUUCAGUUCUUGUUACACCAACAUUUCAAGUUCCAUUUACAAAUUUCCAGUUUCCCUCCUAUGCAAUUGACCUCAGUGAAAUGGAAAUCUACAAGAAUCUAAGUGCUUUGCCAUUUGAUAUCAACAUACCAAUAUUACCCAAAGUAACAUUCCCCAAAGUUGUUGUGUUAACACAAUAUAUUGAACCAGAAGAUUCCUCAGUUCCCUUUUUUGAGAUUACCAUGAGUGAAUCUCAGUUAACUAUGUCUAAGUUCAGUCUUCCAAAAAGAAUUUCAUUUGGCGCAAUUAAUUGGAAUCUAGAUGAGGCCACCAGAAAGAUUGCAGAAUUUGAAUUGCCAACCACCAUUAUACCUGAACAAACCAUUGAAAUUCCUCCCAUUAAGUUUUCUGUACCAGCUGGAAUUUCUAUUCCUUCCUUCGGAACCCUUACAGCACGUUUUAUGGUGGCCUCUCCCUUAUAUAGUGCUAGUUGGGGUGCUGGUUUGAAGAACAAAGGUGAUCAUGUUGAGACAUUUCUGGAAUCCACCUGUAGUUCAAGCCUUCAGUUCCUGGAAUAUGACCUAAAUGUUAUGAAAACAUACAAAAUUGAAAAUGGUGCAUUAGUCUACCAGUCUAAUGGAUCACUUGUUCACCAUGACUUCAAAGCAGAAUACAAGGAAAAUGGGAAAUAUAAAGGACUUGGGGACUGGAUAGCAGAUGUUCAUUUUGACAUCACUAGUCCAAAAUUCACAGAUGUCCAUCUACACUACCAAUCAAGUGAGAACAGCCUCUCUUCUUCAGUGGCCUCACCAGCUAUUGGCAUUGUGACUAUGGAAGUGGAUGACAAUGAUGAUAUCUUAAAAUGGCAUAUCUACUACCACCCUCAGUCUACUCCAAAUAAAACACUCAGCAUAUUCAGGUACCAUGAAUCUGAAAAUUCUCAGAUGAAAGUGAACUGGGAUGAAGCUUCCAAAUUACUACAGUCUCUAAGAAAUAAAGUGCCCAAGGCCACAGAAACCUUUUAUGACUAUAUUAAUGGGUACCACCAGAAAUACACAGGAUUGGAUCUGAGAGUUGCUUAUUUAAAGCUGAAAAGAAGUUUGAAAAACACUGCUGAGAGGGCCUAUCAAGGGGCCAAGAGACAGAUUGGUAAGGUUGACACUGGACUCCAGAGAGUAGCCAGAGAUACCACUGAAAUCUGCCAGCAGUGGAAAGACAAGACCCAGAAUCUCUACCAGGAACUGUUGGCUCUGGAAGGUCAAGCUGAUAUUCAGAGACUCCACAGUAAAGUGCAUGAGAGCUUAAUAGGAGCUAUUCAGAAAUACAGUGUGACAGUCAAGUAUGUUAUUGAGUCACUCAUCAACUUCCUGAAGUUCACCAGAUUCCAGCUCCUGGGAAACAAUGGAACAUAUACUGGAGAUGAGCUCUCUACGAUGGCCAUGAGGGAAGUAGGGAAGGUACUGUCUCGGGCCCAUUCAGAGAUACUUAGUGGAUUAAAAUUAGUAUUUUUCUAUUUUCAAGACCUGAUGGAAAAAUCUGAAUUCACUGAGUUCCUACAAAUUAAAUCUGUUUUAUUGAACCAGGGAAAUAGAACAUUGGAGUGGGGAGAACUACUGGUAUAUUUAUCCCAAAAUAUCCAAAAAGCAUUAGAUGAUCUCCAGUCUGUGAAGGUUACAGAAAUGCUAAGUGAUCUUCAUAGGUUUUUUCAACACAUUAUCCAGCAGAUAGAAGAAAAACUUAAAUACUUAAAGGAGAAAAACUUUACAGCUCUCAUUAGUACAAUUCCACAAAAAAACAGCUUAAUCUUUAACAAGUAUAUUCCAGGACUUUUUAAAUCCCUGAAAGAAAAUCUGUUCCUUAUAUUUAAUAAACUUAUUCACUGGGCUGGAGAGAUAGUACAGGAGGUAAGACACUUGCCUUACUUGCAACCAACCCUGGUUCAAUCCUUGGCACCAAAUAUGAUCCCCCAAGCAUCACCAGGAGUGACCCCUGAGCACAGAGCCAGCAUUAACUCCUGAGCAGCACCUGAAAUGGUGCCAAAACUCAAAAUAUAGAAGAUUUUAAAUAAAAUAAACUUGUUCACAAAGUUAAAAAAGUUUCCCAAGAAUUACAGUGGCAUGUUGAGUUCAUUAAGGUUCAUUGCAAAGAAUAUUUUCAUCAGCAUAUGGACAUCUGGAUGGUGAAAUAUCAUGAACUUGAA